CGAUGAGAGACCUUUGCACCGCUGACACUCCUGAGAAACUAACAACAUUGAAUAAGGUGCAAGUCUAAAUGUUAUCUUGGAUUGGGUAUCAUCAGUGGUAAUCGAGAUGUGAUUGAUAUAAAUACGCUAACCUAAUUCCACUUUUCACUUUUAACUUUCUACCCAAAAAUUCACCCCGAUUAUAUAAUUCACAAAAUCCAAAACGAAUCUCACGUUGUCCGUCCCAGUUUAAUCAUAAUCAGUCAUUAUCAUUAUCACUGAUCAGAAAGAAUCAGAAAUCAGAAAUAAUGCGUUUCCCAUCCAAAUCUAUUGGGUUGGUCGGCAUCCAUCGCCACCACCGGUCUCACCCCACCUUAUGUCGGCGACUGCUGGAAGAACAACGUGCAGGAUUUGCUAGUGUAGCAGCUGUUAAAGGAGAGGCCUCGACAACUUCGUCAUCAUCAGAUAUCAAUAAAAUUGCUCCUAGUCCACUCCCAACUUAUUACUUUCAGAAAUCACUCCCACGACUGCCAAUCCCCAAACUGGAGUUGACGUGUCAACGCUACUUGGAAGCUUUGAAACCCCUCAUCACGCCGGAACAGUUGAGCAGGACAGAAAAAUUGUUGUCAAACUUUCAAAAUGGUGUUGGAAACAAGCUGCAUAGAGAGCUCAUGCAGAAGGACAAGGUGCUUAAACAGACGAGCUACAUAUCUGGACCAUGGUUCGAAAUGUAUCUCAAGGAUCGGAAUCCAUUGCCAAUCAAUACUAAUCCAGGAUUGGUAUUUGUUGAGGAUGAUGGUAUCAUGAUUCGACUCCCAAAGUCUAAAUGGCAAUUGACGAGGACAACAAACCUGUUAAUUUCGUCCUUGAGGUUCAUGAAAGCUUUGGACAAGGAAAUUUUAGAGCCUGAAGUUUACCACAUGAAUCCAAAGAAGAGCGAUACCCAGGCGUACCGUAGAGUUAUGAAAAUGAUACCUACUGCCUUUGCAACGUACGGGUCCUAUAUUUACAAGGCAUUUCCCUUGGACAUGUCACAAUUUCCCAGCUUGUUUAGGUCCACAAGAAUACCACAGGUUGGGAUUGACAAAAUUCAAAAAGCUGACAAAACUGUGAGACAUAUUGUAGUCAUGCGAAAGGGGCAUUUUUAUUCAAUGAACUGUUUAGAUCCUGAUGGCAACAUCCUGCCGGCUCAGGAAUUGAUGGGGUCAUUAGAAUCCAUUUUAGCUGAUAAUAUUGACCAGUCACCACAUCCUAUUGGAAUAAUGACCACUGAAAAUAGAGAUAAGUGGGCCACCUUCAGGGAUAAAAUGAUCAGCAAAAGUUCAAGGAAUCAAAAAUUUUUUAAAGAAGUUGAUUCUGCUCUGUUUGUUCUUUCCUUGGAUGACGAUAAUCUUGGAGAAGAUCCUGUCACAGUGAUUCGACAAUACCUCCACUCAGGGACAGGGACAAACAGAUGGUUCGAUAAAUCAUUUAACUUGAUUACGACCAAGGAUGGAUGGGCAGGAUUAAAUUUUGAGCAUGCUUGGGGCGACGGAGUUGCUGUGAUGCGGUUUUUUAAUGAUAUUGAUCGAGAAAGUAAAGCUCGUCAGUGGUCGACUGAUUUACAACCAAAGAGUCCUAUGCUAAAACCAGUAAGAUUAGUUGUGGAAGUAGAUGACGAGUGUAACGCAUCUCUGACCCAGGCAAAACAACGUUUCGAUUCGCAUGUCGGAUCCUUAGAUAUUCAUCCAUUUAUUCUGGAAAAGUAUGGGAAGAAGGCAUGCAAGAAAUGGGGAAUAAGUCCAGAUUCACUGAUGCAACUAGGAUUUCAAGUAGCUUAUCAGCGAAUGUCAUCUAAAACUGCCACCACGUACGAAUCCUGUAGUACUUCUGCCUUCAAACAUGGGAGAACCGAAGCUAUUCGUCCUGCCACAUUGUUGACCAAGGAAGUCAGUGAAGCUAUGAACAAGAGUGACUGGUCCAGCAAGAAAUCUCAUUUACGAGAAUUGAUCAAAAAGUGUUCAGAGAAGCAUGGCCAGCUAACAAAGGAUGCAGCUAUGGGACAAGGAUUUGAUAGACAUCUUUUCGCAAUGAAAAACCUCUGCAUGUCCCGCAAUGAGAAGCUGCACGAUAUCUACUCGGAUGAAGCAUAUCAAAUAAUUAAUCACAAUAUAUUGUCGACUUCGACACUCUCUAGUCCAGCUGUAAGAAUUGGGGGGUUUGGACCUGUUGUUGAAAAUGGAUUUGGCAUUGCAUAUCAAAUAUGGGACACAGGGUUGGGGUGUGUAGUUGCAACUUACAAAAAUCAACAAGACGGUUCCGCGUUCACAAAAUCGUGCGAAUCGACGUUCAAUGAUAUUCAUUCGCUUAUGUUUUCGUAAUCAGUUUAGUUGAACUGAUUAGUGGUGCUCGGGUAAGAACAUGCUAGAUAUUUUUUUUUGGUUGAAGUAUUUCUAUGUAUGAUAAGAUAUAUUAAACGACGCAAUUGAAAAUAAAUCGCAUUUCGUAGUUUAUUCCUA